ACCAGUCGGGUAGAGGCAUUUCUUGAUUAGCGAAGCGGCAAAAAAAGUAGGUCGAGGUUUAACGAGAAUCCGCCCUCCGCCCUCAAUCCCGUCAGUCCGUCCGCGUAGAUGCACCCGAUCGAUUGAUAUCAUCGACCUUCGACGAACCUAGAUCGCAUCUUCCGAAUCCAAAGAACCUCUCCACUCAACCUACAAAUUCCUCAACAUAUCAAACGAUCGCGGAUAUCAUCAAUUGACCCUCGAAACGAUGCUGUCUUCCUCGAGAAGAGCAGCCACCUUGGCUUUGAGAGUCAAGCCGACAACCCGUACCCUCGUCCCUUUCCAAUCCGUCGCCGCCAUCUCGACCACCCCUAAGAAGGAUGCCACGUCGGUGACGCCUCACACCUCCACCGGUCUCGCGCACCGCGAGCGCAAAGAAGUACCGCUCCUCAGCGAAGUACCCAAGAAGGGCGUCAUGCAAUAUGCCUUGACAACCCUCGACCAAAUGGCCAACUGGGCGCGGCAGUCGUCGCUAUGGCCAAUGACAUUCGGGCUCGCCUGCUGCGCCGUCGAGAUGAUGCACCUAUCGACACCACGCUACGACCAAGACAGACUCGGGAUCAUCUUCCGCGCGUCGCCGCGGCAGUCGGACGUGAUGAUCGUAGCGGGCACGCUGACGAACAAGAUGGCGCCGGCGCUGCGGCAGGUGUACGACCAGAUGCCGGAGCCGCGGUGGGUGAUCAGCAUGGGCAGCUGCGCCAACGGCGGCGGCUACUACCACUACAGCUACAGCGUCGUCCGCGGCUGCGACCGCAUCGUCCCCGUCGACGUCUACGUCCCCGGAUGCCCGCCUACCAGUGAGGCUCUUAUGUACGGUAUCUUCCAGCUCCAGCGCAAGAUGAGGAACACGAGGAUCACGCGGAUGUGGUAUAGGAGGUAAGACGAUGGGGGUGGUGAGGAAAAAUGGUAAAGGGAAGGGGAAGGGGUCCGGGGAUAGAGAGGGACCGAUGUCCCCGGGCGACUCGGCGGUAGAUUACGCUUUCUCUCUUUUGUCGGGCAUAAUGAUGUACAUAAGAUACCGGGGUGCAUUUAAACAUACGAUUCACACAACGCGAGUCUUUGCUGCUUCGUAUAUCUUGCGAGUAACCGGGAUUUGUCCGGCUUGGUUUUGGUGAGGAAGCCAUCGGGCACUAUUAUGGGCCUUGAUGAGGCUGAUAUCUCGAUUGUUACUACAGGUGUAACAACUACCUAGCCAAACAACAGAUUAUUGUCUGUAAUUCGUUGAUAUUGUUCGUCGUACUCAAUAAUAUUAUAUAGCGGGAUAUUCAUCGUAGGGGCUGUCGGAAUAUAAUUGCCGGGGUAUACCCGGUCGAUGAUAUUGCUCAGCCAGCUAGACCUGCGAUCUACAACUUGAUUUCUGAAUUUCUGGAUUACAC